UAUAUAUUUAUGAUUAACGGAUCGUUAAGAGAAAUUAUGAAAAAUUUAUAAAGAAUGUAUGUGUAAAUUUGAAGAAUUAUAUAAAGGAUUAUUGUUGUCAUUGCAAUAACUGCUUGGUUACUAUAGAGAUCGAGAGUUAUUUAUUUUAUAUUUGGUGAAUAGUCCGUUUUGUACUGUUUUGAGUCUUGUGUUUUGUGCCAAUUAAUUGCAAUAACUUCUAAAUAUAAAAUAUAUACUUACUUUACUAAAAAUGAUACAUCGCACGAUAUUUGAGGUACAAAAUGACUUGGCUCGAAAUAGUGGUCAUGGUAUGGAAAUUGUUUGGGAUUCCCUAUCUAGUGAACAAUCAGAAAUUUUAAAGGAGAAGAUCAAAAGCAUUUUACCUGAUGAUGAUCAACGUCAAAAUGAAAUACAAAAAGCGCGCAAUAAUCUAUUUCAAAAUGUUUGGUCACAACGUAAGCAUACUAAUCGUGUCUUGCUCUCAUCUAUUAUUUAUGUAAUGGUUACUGAAGAGAGAGAUUACGAAGUUGCUAAACACUCGACCAACUUUUCAUUUCAUCCCGUCGUACGAACUCGCAAAUGCUUAUCUUUAAAUAAUAGUUCUGGGUGUUGUAUGAUAUUUAUUGAUGAACACUCUCGAAUAUAUCAGAAUUGGCAGCAGUUUUUAAAAAAUAAUAUACUUCCUAGUGGAACCAUGAUAGCUCCAUCAAAUGGAGUUUAUACUUUAAAUGAAAAUGAUGAGGUCGACCUAGAAAUAUGCCCAACACCUAACUCAACUUCUAUGAGAAAGCUUGAGACAGCAAUAGGUGUGGGUGGAAUAAUCUCUGGAACAGCCCCCCUUGCUCUCUCAAUGGUCAUGCCGAUAGCGGCACCUGUCAUGUUAGCUGCAACAGCAGUUUCAUUAGCAACGAGUGCUUAUACAGCCGUGCGGUCAGCAACGUUUUUAAAAGAUCGCUAUAAGCAUGGUCAAUCCACAUCACUUGCCGAUCGGGAAGCUAGAAGUAAGUGGUUAGGAGUAGCCGGCGGUGUCGCUGGUCUGGGCGCAACUGGCGCUAUGAAUGCGCUAGCUUAUGCCAAUUCGGCUGGUAAAGGUGUACCAUUGAUGGCAAAGGUAGCAGUUGGUGGCGUAAAUGUAACAUCGCUUGUACUCUCUGGCUCUGACAUAGUAAAUACUGUUUAUGAUUUGUAUUUGCAGAGCUAUGACGAUGGGCCCAGCAGCUUAGAUAUUUUACAGCUUGCCUCGUCGUUGUUGGUUUUUACACAUUCAAUUAAUAAUCUAGCACUUGUUACGAAAAUUCCAACUCGAGGUGGCAGUGCAUCGCUUCGGAGAGCAAUUCGAAAACAGACUAGAAAUUCAUAUGAUAAAAUUUCAAGUGAAUGUAUGAGAAUGGGCAAAAACUUUAAUAAAAUGGAUCUUAUUCGAGUUGUAAAUAAUAUACCAUCUAAAGAGGCUUUUAUACAACAAAUUGGUACAUUAUUAGCACAAGCUACAGCAGGCACGGUGGUUGGUAAUGCUAUUAGUGAACUCCCACUGUUAAUUAACUAUACUUUGGACGGUGAAUUAAAUCCCAUACAACUCCUCGCUGCAGCUGGCUUUAAAUUUGUUCGCAACAUAUUAGAUUCAAAUAGUUUCAUUGAUCUAUUAGACACGAUGGCGAAUUUUAUGUGCGAAAGAAGCUUUUACCUGUUGAUGAAUUUGGCAAGAACAUUUAUGGAUGAAUUCGGUGAUACCAUUAAUGAUGUCCUUCGUACAUUUAUACCUACUGAGAAGGUGCUAUAUGAAAUGUUUAUGUUGUGCGUCACAAAAUAUUCUAAUCUUACAUAUGACUUCCUCGAAAAUAAGCAAGUUGAAAUUCUUAGCGAACUUGAGAAAUACUUUUAUUCAUUGAAUCCAAUUGAUGACAAUAAUAAAUCUAUAAGUUGCAAGAUUUGUAAGGGCUAUUAUUAUGAAUGUACUCUAUAACGUAUUUUUUAAUGUAUUGUGCACAAUUGUUUUUUUAAUAAAGAAAAAAUUUAUGAACUGA